AUGACCUACGAACGCCAACGCGCAAUCGAAUCCUACGGCUGGACAUCUGUCCCUGCCUCUCUCUCCGAGCUCAUCAAAUCCUCCCCCUCAGCUUCUAAUCCCGCUUCCGCGCUCAAAAUCUCCCAUCUCCCGUUCCCUACAUCCUCGCUCGUAAAAAGCGUUCAGGAAUACGCGCGCAGCGAAUUACCGCAAGAAACCUUCCACCACUCUAUGCGCGUCUACCACUACGGCGUCGCGAUUCUCACGCACGCAUUCCCAAACUGGACGUCUAUCAACCCAUCUAGUAAAUUUCUCGAAAGCUACGCGCUCACGGCGCUUCUCCACGAUAUCGGAACCGUGCCGAGACACUUGCAGGAGACGCUUAUGAGUUUUGAUCUCUACGGCGGAUUUAUUGCGGAUGGGGUGUUGAGGGAUGCGGGGGCGGCGAGAGAACAGAGGGAAUUGGUUGUGGAGGGUAUCAUUCGACAUCAGGAUUUGGGAGAGGUGGGGACACAGACGAGGGUUGGGGGGUUGGUGCAGUUGGCGACGGUGUUUGAUAACAUGGGGCAGAAUGCGCAGUUGGUGCACGAGGGGACGAUUGAGAAUGUGGUGAGGGAGUGGCCGAGAUUGGAGUGGAGUAAAUGUUUCUCGCAUACUAUCGAGCAGGAGAAUGCUUUGAAACCAUGGGCUCAUUCGACACAUUUGGGAGUGAGGGAUUUCCCUGAUGGAGUAUUGGGGAAUAAGUUGAUGGAGAAGUGGGACUGAGAAUGUGGAUGUGUGGGCGAGUAGUAUGAUGAUUGAUGAGGAAUUACAAGUGAAUGAAUGGUGAGACAACGACACAAAAGGGAAGGGGAUGGCACUCGGAAGUCAUACAGGAAAUGGACAAUGGCUUGGGAAAAUAAAUGAUAUCUACGGCGUGGAAGUGCGAUCUCAAUGACAAUAUAGUAGCAAAAUCUAUCUUCCUUUAUUAUGCUAAUCUUCUUCCAAUAUAUGUUCGAA